AUGGCGACGGUGCAGGACCUUCCCCCCCAGGGAGGAUUCCCUGAUACGAUUCAGUACAAGCGCUAUCUUCCACGACGCGGUCCUUCUGGAUUGGUCAUUUUUGUGGCUGCUUUUGGUGUCAUGGGCUAUGGAUGGUACUGGGUUGCCAAGGCCAAUGCCGAGAGAAGGGAGCUCCGCCGUGAAAAGGCCUGGACUCGCAUCAACCUUGUUCCUCUCCUCCAAGCCGAAACUGACCGAGACCUGAUUCGCCGCCUCGAAGCAGCCAAAAAGCGUGAAGGAGGCGUCAUGGAAAACGUUCAAGAGUGGAAACCAUUGGACUUGAAGGCACCUGUGCCUGGAGUCGGAAAAGGAGGAAAAUUCGAUGCAAAGCAAGCAGAACCCGUCUAUCACACUGAUCGCUAUGUCAACCCGUCGUUUUUGUUUAUGCCUUGGGAGAGUGAUGCGCGGAUGGAGGCCCAAUGGUGGCGUGGAACAAAGAUGUUUUUGAGGGUGCGUAAGAUUAGCUGCCCAGCAUCGGAGUGA